GAAUGUGGAGCCGGGGGGGUUUGGGUCUGGGGGGGGGGGGCGAUAUAUACGCCAAUGUGACACACGCGGCUGUGCCGACGAAUAAUAGGAACAGUUAUACCGGGCCAAGCUCAAGUACCAACAGCAGUCUGAACGGGAGCCGAACCAUCAAACACACCACAUCGAUGGCGUCGCUGAGUUCGCAAGCGAGAAGCGGGAGUGGUGUUCUGACUAAACACAACACCGUGGGAUCUACGGGUACGGGGAUGGGCGAAGGAGAGUAUCUGAACUCAGACCAAAUCCGAGCGCUAGAACAAGACGCGCAUGCGCACACGCACACGCACACGCGUAAGAAGUCGCGUGAACUGACCAACGAAAUCACAGACCUGCGCACACAGCUGGCGAAUAGGCCCAAGGUACCGUCACGGGAGAAUGUGGUAGGGGAGAUGCUACGGAUACCCAAGACGCUUGUGUUGGCCAAUGCACGUGAGUGUAGCGCGUUCCAUGACUUCUCACAUAUCGCAGACCAUGGCGAGCGGAGGAAGGUCAUUGGGGCGAUCAUGCAGACGUCGCCGUCGGGGAGUUGGUUGCUGCGGUAUAAUAGGGAGAAGGGCGUGUUCGUCAUCACCGUAAAGUAUGAACAAAAGACAUACCAUUUCCCCAUGCACAAACCCGACACCAGCGACGGCAGCGUCAAGUACGCCCUAGCCGAGGGCGAGCCCCACCAUGACGAUCCCAGCACACUACUCAGUUACUACAUCACACACAGUCUGCCCUUAAAUGUGGACACCUGCCUGCUACAUGCUGUAUUACGGCAAGACUUAGAGGACGAAGAGAUGAGCUCGAGCGACUAUGCCAAUAUCCGGAGCUUGCCGAAAACAUCCAGUAGACCCAAUGUCCCGGAAAGGGGUGCACCGGUCCCAAAAGCCAAGCCCAGGGUGCCGAUUGUGGAUAGGUAAAGUGGUGCGAUCUGACAUCGGUGGUUUAAAGUAAAUACUAGCCAAGGUAAAUGAGUACAUGUUCGCCUUUAUCUAGCGAUUGGCCGGGAUUGAGUUGUUCCAUUUUAUUGGGAGAAAAUAAUAAUAUAAAACUUCGAUGAUCUGAGUACA